AUGUCUUCCAAAGAUCCGUCCAUAAACGACAAAGCUAGUGCUCCAAGUACCGAGUCCAAAGACUCCGGCGCGCCCUUGCUACGCAAUGCGUUGGGAGACUCCAAAGCAGCACCGCCAUCCCAAUCGGCCGAACAGUCGUCCAACUCAAAGCCCCGCAAGCGGGAUUUCUGGAAGUUUGGAAAGAAGCAGGAGGAAGAUAAACAACAGCCAAAGACCAGCGCUCCGGCUCCGGCUCCGGUCUCACCGCGGGCCACAGCCUCCACGGUCAACCCUCCGACCGCACUUGGUCCAUCUUCUCCCGGCGGAUCAAGAUCACCGCAUAGAGGUUCUCUUGCCCAUGCUUACGGUCGUCCUGGAUCACCCAGCAGCUUUGGACUGCACAAUACGUCUUCGAGACCGCAGUCACCGGCGUCGUCGAUGAUAUUUGAGCGGAAUGUGCAGGAAGAAGUCAUUCCACCGGAAACCUCUCCACACUUGCCCACUCAUGUCAUCAUUGAGAAUCAUAUUGCCCCAGCCUUGGAUGCCUCGGCCGAGGCCAUCACCAACGACAAGUUGGAUCCGGACACAGUGGAAAUUGUGACACAUGCCACACAUCAACCUGCCGCCGUUACCCUUACUGGGCUGGGUGCCGAGCAGUCGAUGGCAUCUUCCGUGGUGGACGACGGCUCUCCUUCACCCCCGCCCCAGCUGGCGGCGCCAGUUCAUCGACAGGACACCGACAAUGUAUCUACAUAUGGAUCUUUCGAUUCGGGCGAUGUCCGUCGCCUGAGUUUCAUCUCGUUUGCUGAUGUCGUGCAUGGCGAGCAAGAAAACUUGGGAGUGGCUGAGGCCGCUCGACGAGACUCGGCUCACUUGUCGGGUCAUCCUUCCUUAGUCCCUCCACGGUCACCAUCCCCCAUUAGAUCUCCUACCUCUUCGGCGGCAUUUGGUACAUCUCCGCCGACGAGCGUGACCGCAUCCGUCAAGGGGUUGGAGCAAUCACCCAACCGAGCACCUCGAGGGACAGGAAGCCCGCUCCCGGGACAGAGCUCACCUUUGGCGUUGGGAAGUGAAGUCAAUAUUGAGACAAUGAGACAGGCGCUACGAAAGACUGGCAGUGGAGAUCUGAGUCAUUUCCGCAGCGCACCGUCAAGCGCUAUAGGCAAUGACGAUGGAAGCUAUCUUGACCGACCGUUUCGAUAA